AGAAAAGGCAAAAGAAGAAGAAACUCAGGAAAACUGACAUGAGUCCGAUAUUAAUGUUCAUGAGUGACUUCUGUGAUCACACUGAUGGUUUAGAAAUGUCCCAGUUUCGCUUCUCUGCUCAGCUCUGACACAUGUGGCGCCGCGGAAGCGCUCUUUUUAUUUUUAUAGCUGUUUCUGCUUAUUACGCCACUUCUUACUUCGAGCAGAGAGAAGUAGGAAAAAGGUCGGUUUCAGUCCCACUUCCUAAGUUAUUUUAUGCUGUUUGCAAGCUUCAUUAUUAGAAGACUCAACAGGAUGUCCACUCUUCCCCGUCAUGUCAUCUGGGAGUCGGAGGGACUGGUGGCCUACCUUCACCCCCGGCCCUGGACCCCAGGCUCUGUCAUCCUGGAGAGCAGCCCCCCUGGGAGGCCGGGCGGCAGCAUCUUCCACCUGGAGAAGCAGCAGUUUUUAUCCUGGCUGUUGGGGGCGAGAGCCGUCUCACAGCUGCUGUGUGACAGGCUGGCAGUGCGGAGGUGUGCGCUGGUCAGCAGACCCCACAGAGACAGACCUGCCCAGAUCCUAGUCCUCCCUCUACAUGGUCUGGACGCAGAGUGGCGCCCUCACCUGGCAGGAGAUGAGGAGCACAACGCCCAUGACCCAGGUUACUGCACCUCCAGGACUGCUCCCAGGUGGAGUGACUCCGGCCUGACUGAGAUCCAGACCAAGAUCAGAGCCAAGCUCCCGUCACCUGACGCUCCGCCCGAUCUGACUUUCCUUGGGGACGAUCCGGCUGACUCCGGGUUGUUUUCACGCAUCGUCCGUGGGGAGGAGCAGCAGUGGCGGGUGUGGGAAGACAAGUAUCACGUGGCGUUUCUCACUCCAUUUCCCAACUCCCCUGGCUUUACUGUGCUGGUCCCACGUCGACCUUUGACCUCUGAUAUAUUCAGACUAGAAAAAGGGGACUAUGAGCAGCUGGUGCUCGCAGCCUGGGAGGUGUCGAGGCUUCUUGAGGAGGGGCUGGGUUCCUGGGGGACGGGGCUUAUUUUUGAGGGUUUUGAGAUCGACUACGCUCACGCAAAGUUGAUACCUCUGUUUCUACCUCCAUCAUCAGAGACCGGAGGUGACGCCAUUAAGCCAUCAGCUCCCCAGUUUUACCCCACUUAUCCUGGAUAUGUGAGCUCAGAAGAUGGACCUGAAGCCAGCCUGGAAAGUCUGAAGGAAUUACAGAUAAAAAUGACUCAGACAUGAUGCUGUUACCUGUGGUGUCAUUCCUACGUGCCUGCCAAGCGCAAAUUCCUCUCACCUUUGCCUUAAGAAGUGUCUAAAAUAAUUGUAGCACCUUAAUUAAAAACGUAAGUAUUUAAAAUCAAAGUAUGAAAUUCAAAAACAAAUAAUUCAGCACUUCAUGUUUUAGACACACGUACUGUAAAAUGACACAACUAGGAAACAUUCCAUUUAUUAUGUUUUGAUCAGAAUAAAGAUUUUUAUAUGUU